UUAACUCGGUUAAGCAUAUCUUUAUCGUACAAACAAAGGUAGAAGCGAAACACGAUGGACUGCCGGUGUUAGCGACUCCACGCUAAUGGAACGCUGAAAAUGGGGUGUGGGUUAACCAAUUUUUUCAAAAGCAGUUCAUUUAGGUUUCGAAUACAAAAGCACUCGGAUCGUUUAUACUGUAGCUGCGUAGCUGUACGACAUUGAAAUGAUGACGAAUUCGCUCAGAGGAGUUUUAUUGUUUUUCACCGUGGCUGGCGUAGGAGUGAUCGCCGUGGCAGAUGAGUCUCCACUUAACAAAGGAAAUGUUGCAACAGAGCUGCUUCGAGUUCAUCGAACACCUCAAGAGUACGGGAUGCCAACAUUUCCCAAUUUCGCACCCCCUGGAUUCGACAGCUCACAUAUCGUGUCACAGAACACGGAUAACAACAAAAACAGCUUCGCACAAUCAACUAUCUAUAAAUCGGAAAAUGGGUAUGGAUCCUCUUCUAUUUCGAUUGCCAAAUCGGGUGGCUCUGCGAUGAAUAUGUCCAUAACAAGUCUCCUCGUAUUAAGUAUCGUUUCUAUCAUCAGUGUAUUCCGAACAUGAAUAAGCUACUUUAUUUAUCUAAAAUAAUAUUGUGUACAAAAAGCUGCUGGGUGUAGGUCUAUCAUGUACGUGCGCAGCGAAUGUGUAUUGAAGGUUAAGAAUGAAUGAAACAAAGAAGAACCAACCAACUUUUGAAGGUCACGGUGAGAAAGACAUACCGUGAUGAAUUUAUCCAGCGGCGUCAUAUGCAUGAGCGGAGUUGUUCAUGCAUAAACCCACUACAUUGUUGCGAAUGUCAGUCUUCUAGGUAUUACGAUCGUUACUGUUAUCGUGAUACUCGAGCCAAGGUUUGAUAUAAUUAGAGCAGAACAUAUUUACAUUUGACUUGUACGCAAAAUCAAAGUUUGCCGAAGGUUGUAUCGUGUGAAAUAAAUAAGAAAACAUCAUAUAGAUGAAUCCACAA